AGUGGUAUCAGAGCCAUCUAUCCUAAUUUCUUCUUUUCUUCAUCUUUCAUGGCGACAAACAAAGAGCCAAUUGAAAAUUUGGAAGUUGGCCUUGGCCAGCUCCAGGAAAAUCUAUCUAGAAUGGAACGAGGACUUAGUGAUGAACUGCAACAAAUCAAAGCAGCCAUCACUAAAUUCUCUGAAAUUACACUUCCUAGCAGAGAUACGUCUAGCAGUACAAGUGACCACAUUAGCCAAAAUUGCACCAACCACGAUGAAUCCAGAGAGGGAGGAAAGCCAUUGUAUUCUGCGAAAUUGGCGAAAUUGGAGUUUUUGAAAUAUUCCGGAGACAACCCUACUGAAUGGUUCACAAGAGUGGAUCAAUUUUUCGAAUACCAAGGAACCCCAGAAUUAGAAAAAGUGUCCUUGGCGUCUUAUCACCUUCGUGGAGAAGCAAACGAAUGGUGGCAGUGGCUUUGCAGAACUCACACCGAAGCAGGGAAAGCAGUAACGUGGGGAAUUUUCUCUGAGGAAUUGUGGUCCCGUUUUGGGCCCACUGAUUGUGAGGAUUUUGAAGAAUCAUUAUCGAAAAUCAGACAAACGGGACUCCUACGCGACUAUCAACGAGAAUUUGAGAGACUGGGAAAUAGGGUCAAGGGAUGGACCCAAAAGGCACUAGUGGGAACGUUCAUGGGAGGUCUCAAGCCAGAAAUUACUGAGGGCAUCAGAAUGUUCAAACCGCAGACUCUAAAAGAUGCCAUCAGUCUAGCUCGGAUGAAAGAUGAGCAAUUGCUGCGUCAAAAGAAGGCAAUUCGCCCAUCUUAUCAGAUGAGCUCCUCAUCUGCAACGAAGAUAAAACAGAGUACACCUGUCAAACGACUUUCUUGGGAAGAGAUGCAGAAUCGAUGGGCUAAGGGGUUGUGCUUUAAUUGCGAUGAAAGAUUCGUUCCUGGGCACAGGUGUUCCAAACCGCAACUUCUUCUUCUUGAUGGCGGAAUUGGCAUUGAGGAAGACGAUGAUGAAAUUGAACCAGAGAUUUCGUUACAUGCACUUACUGGAUGGUCCUCGGCAGGUACUAUGCGGGUUGCUAUUCAAAUCAAAUCCCUGGAAUUAAUUUGCCUCAUUGAUAGCGGAUCCACGCACAAUUUCAUCAACGAAAAGAUAGCCGAAUUUUUAAAGCUAUCAGUGGAGCCAACCAUACCAUUCAAUGUGAAAGUAGCGAAUGGGGAUCCUCUACAGUGCAGCGGAAAAUUUAGGAACAUUCCUACUAUUCUACAAGGUAUACCCUUCUCAAUUACUUUCUAUUCCCCGCCAAUUAUGGGUCUGGAUGUGGUAUUAGGGGUUCAGUGGCUGCGCAAAUUGGGAACAGUUCAAUGCAACUGGGACAGAUUGACGAUGGAUUUUAUGUGGAAAGGGGAGCAACAGCAUCUACAGGGAAUUAAAGGGCAACAAAUCAAAGCUUCUUCCUUGAAGGCAAUGGCCAAAGAAUUAAACCACAACACUUCACUCUUUGCCAUUUGCGUAGAGGCUUCUUCAAUAAAUUUCCCUGAAGGACUACAUCCAGAAAUGCGAACUCUGUUAGAUCAAUUUCCAGAUAUCUAUCAACGGCCUAGUCAGCUUCCUCUGGAGCUGAAAAUCAAUCACCGGAUCAACCUCAAAGAAGGUGCCAAUCCUAUUAAUGUCCGGCCUUACAGAUAUGCCCACUUUCAAAAGGCAGAAAUUGAAAAACAGGUUCACGACAUGUUGAAUUCUGGACUAAUUCAGCCAAGUACGAGCCCCUUCUCUUCACCUGUGUUACUAGUUAAAAAAAAAAGAUGGUUCUUGGCGAUUUUGUACAGAUUACAGGGCCCUUAAUACGGUGACAAUACGAGACAAAUUUCCAAUUCCAACGGUAGACGAUAUGUUGGAUGAACUAUAUGCGGCUUCUUACUUUACAAAACUUGAUUUCAUUGCUGGAUUCCAUCAGGUUCGGGUUCACCCUACUGACGUCCAUAAGACCGCCUUCCGCACUCACAAUGGCCAUUAUGAAUAUCUGGCUUGACAGGAUAUUAUAGGAAAUUCGUUCGUGAUUAUGGAGUCAUAGCCUGGCCUUUAACUAAUCUAUUAAAGAAGGGUCAAUUUUCCUGGAAUGCCGAAGCAGACAACUCUUUUACUGCAUUGAAAGAAGCCAUGGCCUCAACACCCAUACUUGCAAUGCCUAAUUUUGAAGAGCCUUUUGUCAUCACCACAGAUGCUUCCAAUAAUGGCAUCGGGGCUGUGUUAUCUCAGCAAGAUCGGCCCAUUGCAUUCAUGAGUCGCGCCUUGGGGGGCUUCCAAACAAUCAUGGACCACAUAUGCUAAAGAGAUGUUAGCAAUUUUGCAAGCUAUUCGAACAUGGCGACCAUAUCUGCUUGGCCGAAAGUUCUACAUUCACACUGACCAGCGUAGCCUCAAGUAUAUGGUGGAACAGAGGAUUGUCACACCUGAACAACAAAAGUGGGUCUCCAAGUUAUUGGGAUUUGACUAUGAGAUAAUUUACAAACCGGGCAAGGAGAACAGAGUUGCAGACGCCUUAUCCAGGGUUAGUGGCAGCCCAAGCCUCAACGCUCUUUUCAUCCCUCACACUUCACUUUGGGAUCAGAUUCGAGCAACAAUCUCCACUCAUCCCUACAUGAUUAAUAUAAGCAGAUUGGCUACGGAGAAUCCAGGAACCCCUUAUUCUUGGCGAAAUGGGUUGAUCCUUUACAAAAAUCGGGUUGUGGUUCCCCCUCAUUCUGACUUAACUUGUAAGAAUUUGCAGGAAUUCCAUGAUUCGCCUUGUGGUGGACAUUCCGAUGUCUUGCGCACCUAUAAAAGGGUUGCUUUGCAGUUUUACUGGCCUUCAAUGCGGAAGCAGAUUCAAGAGUACAUUGCUGCUUGUUCUGUUUGUCAGAAAAAUAAAACUUCCACCUCUUCUCCGGCGGGGAUCCUACAACCGCUGCCCAUUCCACAUCAGGUUUGGGAUGAUAUUGCAAUGGAUUUUAUUGAUGGGCUACCAACUUCUAAUGGGAAAAAUUCAGAGACUGAUGGCCAAUCAGAAGUGACUAAUAGAUGCUUAGAACAGUACCUUCGCUGUUUUGCAUCUCAACAGCCUCGAAGAUGGAGUUUUUUCUUGCUUUGGGCUGAGUACUGGUAUAAUACUUCUUUCCACAGUUCGAUUGGCAUGACUCCAUUCAUGGCUUUGUAUGGCCGAGCUCCUCCGAUGGUACCAAGAUAUGAAACAGGACAAGCCCUUGUUCAUGAAGUUGAUCAGACAUUGGCCACCCGCGAUGAAAUCUUACAAGAACUUAAGUCUCACCUUUCACGUGCUGCUAAUCAGAUGAAACAGGCAGCAGAUUUGAAACGUUGAGACGUUGAGUUUCAGGUUGGUGAUCUUGUUUAUCUCAAACUUCAGUCGUACCGACAACAUUCAGUAUACAGGAGAGCCUCUCAAAAAUUAGCUAGUCGGUAUUUUGGGCCUUUCUUGGUAGAAGAAAGAAUUGGGAAAUUGGCCUACAGAUUGCGGCUGCCUACGGGGUCCAAGAUUCAUCCAGUUUUUCAUGUCUCACUUCUCAAGAAACAUAUUGGAGAUACUGUACCUGUGUCUACUGAUUUACCUCAAUUCUCUAGUGACGACGAGGCUGUUUUGGAACCUGAAAAAGUGCUGGAAACGAGACUAAUUCGAAUUGGUUCCAGGUCUGUACAAGAAAGUCUAGUUCAAUGGAAGCAUUUGCCCCAAGAAGAUGCUACAUGGGAAAAUUCUGCCAACUUACGUUUGCGCUUUCCAACUCUGAACCUUGAGGACAAGGUUCCUUCUCAAGGGGGAAGCAAUGAUAGGCCACGAAGAUCUUCUAGGAUGCCUAUCAAGAAUAAGAAGUAUCUUGACUGAGUCCUCAUUUUACUGAUGCUGCAAUCACUUAGUUGUUAUUCUUUUAUUUUUUUUAAUAUUUUUUUAUGCCUAAUAAGAAGUCAAAUUGCUGUUGAGAUUUUCCAGCAAUUCUUGACUAAAAUAAAGCCCAUAUUGUGCCGUUGUGGCCUUAGAAUAGGUCUGAGUUUGUUUCAUUACUUUCUCUAUUUAUUCCUUUGUAAUAGCAGCAGAAAGCAUCAAGGAAAAAUACACCAAAAAACUUCUCAUUCUGAGAAUUAAUCUCCUUGGCUUUGACCGGGACCUAUCAGAUUGCGUUUGUUUUUCUUUUUUUUUUUUUUUUAAUAUGAUUAUGGGUGUUUUAAUGUUUUGCUUGUAUAAUUGCUCUAAGCAUUUGAAUUUGGUCAAAUGAAGUGAGUUUUCUAUCUUUUCUUUUAA